GGCCAGAGCCGUGAGGGAAAGGGCUGAGGGAAGGGGCCGGAGCCAGAGCCAGAGCCGUGAGGGAAAGGGCCGGAGCCGUGAGGGAAAGCGCUGAGGGACGGGGCCGGAGCCGUGAGGGAAAGCGCUGAGGGACGGGGCCGGAGCCGUGAGGGCAAGGGCUGGGGCCCUGAGGGAAGCAGCCGAGGGAAGGCUGCCCGCGUUCCCCUCUAGUCCUUCAGCCGCGCUUCCCGGCCAUGGCCUCGGACUCCGGGGACGGGCACGCCACGCUGAAGCGGUGCCUCGGUGUGCUCAGAGACGCGAGGAACGACAGCGAGCAGUUCGCAGCGCUGCUCCUGGUGACCAAAGCGGUCAGAGCCGGAGAGGUGGACGCCAAGACCCGCCGCCAGAUCUUCAAGGCCAUCGGGUUCACGUUCCCGACCCGCCUGCUGAUCUCCCAGCAGCCCCCCGCCGGCUGCCCCCCGCACACCUUCCGCGCCCUCGGCCUCACCCUGCUGGCCUGUUUCUGCACCGACCCUGAGCUAGCUGGCCACUCCCAGAUCCUGAACAAAAUCCCGACCUUCAAUGACGUCCUGCUGUCCCCCUGCGACCCAGACUGCACAUCCAUGGUUGAUGACGUGUACCAGUGCCUCAGCGCUGUCCUGGCCACGGCCAGGGGCCCCAGGGAGUUGGUGACCAAAGGGACAGUGUCUGCCCUGUGCCAGGCCUACCUGAAUGGUGCUCACGGCUCUGAGCGUGCCCUCACGCUGCUUGUGGGGCUGUUGGCCAUGGCAGAGGCCAGGUGCUGGCAGAGGGAUGCUCCACAGCUCCUGGCUGUGCUCAGCAAGCUCUCCAGUGACUUCCUCAAGGCUGAAGACAUGACCAAGUUUGAGCUGUGUGAGGUUCUGCCUCACUUCAUCCCCAUGUCACCUCCUCUCACAGAGAGCUCGCAGGGCUCCGAGUGCCUGUGCAGGCUUUACCAAGGGCUGGCUGACGUUUUGGGCAGCAAACUCGGCCAGUCUCAGCGGGACCCCGCUCUGAAGCUCGCGGCCGGCCUCGUGCAGGCCUGUGGGGCUGAGUGGAUCCCAGCAGGGAGUGGUGGCAGCAAGUUCCUGGCCCUGCUGGUGAACUUGGCUUGUGUGGAGGUCCGCCUGACCCUGGAGGAGCCAGGUGCCGUGGAGGUGGAGGGGAAGAAAGAAGUGAUGGCAGCCUGCUAUGUCAUUAUGGAGAUGGGGAUCCAGGAGUGCCUGAGGGAAGAGAACCCUCUGCUAGACAAUGUGCAGAAAAUGCAGCUCAUGAGGAUAAUGGAGGAGGCAUUUGGAGCUGUAAUUUUCUACUUGAGACAGGUUAAACAGGAGGAGCUGCAAGAUCCUUUCAUCUUUGCCUCCGUUCGAGUCCUUGGAGCUUGGAUGGCAGAAGAGACAUCCUCCCUCAAGCAGGAAAUCUGUGAGCUCUUGCCUUUCCUUGUUGAUUAUGCCAGGAAGCUUUUCAAGGAGGGCAGCCCAGCUGUGAGUCUUCCCCAGGCAGAGCUGGUCAGCACAGAGGGCUCUGCCUCACCCCAGGAUGCUCUGAGAUUUCUGCUACCUGGUUUUUGCCAUUUGACAGCAGAGGACAGGCCCCGGGACAUCCUCAUUGCCGAAGGGGCAGCAGCACUGCUGUGUGAGUACUUCCUGCAGCAGUGGGAGGUUCUGACCUCAGAGCCCACGGCCCCGGCGCCUCUGACGAGCACUGAAAUGAGUCUCCAGACCAUGUGUGGGAUUUUCCUUAACCUGGUUGUGACUGCUCCGGACCUGCUCAGGCGUGACAAAACCUUUUCCUCCUUGAUGGAUGUGUUGCUGAAGUCUCUUCCAGUGCUGCUGCCCCAGAAGCAUCACCUGGUUCUGGCAGCCAAUGUUGCCACUCUGGGCCUGAUGAUGGCCAGGAUCCUGGCAGGGUCAGCAGCCCUUCAGGAAACACAGUCCACCAAGGAGUUUUUUGGAGCUGCCAUUCUCUUCCUCUCCCAGGCCCACGCGGCGCAGGCAGAGCCCAGCAGCGACGGCCUGGCCGUGGCCGUGUCACCCGCCUACGCGAGCGCCUGGGCCGACAUCCGAGAGCUCUGGUUGCUGGGGAUGCAGGCCUUGGCCGGCUGCGUCCCGCUGCUGCCCUGGCUGCCCCGCGCCGCCCUGCAGGCGCGCUGGCUGCAGGGGCUCACACAGCUGCUGUCCCGCGUCGCUCCGGCCUCCGUGGAUUCCGAGCUCGUCACCGCCUUCCAGGCUGUGCUGGUGGAGCUGGCCAGAGCCAGCCAGCAGUGCAGGGAUGUGAUCCUGUCCCACCACGGCACGGAGUGGGCCAAUCUGUAUGGAAUGGCAGCUCUGGAGCAGUGUCUGGCCGAGCAGGGAGGAGCCAGCAGCACUCUAGGUGGGAAAUGAAGCCAGACACCUGAACAAGGUCUGUUCAGCACCUCCACCAUGCUCUUUGCUGCCAGUUGGGCCCAAAAAACCCAUUUUCAUGACCAAACUUUACAAAACUGGAGUGAUGCAGCAGUGCCCAGCAUGAUCAGCCCUGUCCACAUUGGAGUGCAGAACUGCUGCUGCCUCAGAACAUUUCACUAUGCCCUUGCUUGACCUUUUGUGAGGAUUUCUCUGUAAAAACAGAAUGUUUUGUUAUUAAAGACAUUUUAUCAUUUUGUUUUCCAAA